AUGGCGAAUAAGCCACAUUUAACAUUUGCUCGGAUUGUAUCCGGAACUGUCGAUACAAACGGUACUGGCAGUGGAAAUGUUACGAUAACGCAAGUUCCUGUCACUGCCGCUGUUGCUUUAACUACUAUUACUGCUAAUACUUCUACUACUGCUACUACUACUGUUGCUACCACUACUACUAUCGCUUCUACUACUAUUACUACUAUUACUGCUACUACUACUACUGCUAUUAUUUCUACUACCACUGCAACGGCAAGUAGUGAGACCACAAGUGUAAGCAUCACUGCAGUAGAAUCAGGAAGUCACACGAGUUGUAUCACACCCGGAGAAUCGUGUGGUAUAAUCGCAUCAUCUAUUCCUAACUUCGGCAGAAACAAAGAUGGUUUACAUCAACGAUUUAUUGAGGAACGAAAACAAGAUUUAGAUGGUAACGCUCAUAUUCAACGUCCAGUACAGUUUGGUCCACACCAACAAAAUCAGUAUCAUCAACAAAUUCAACGGCGUAGCAAACCACGUUCCAAAAAUGAUCGAUCGCGAAAGGAUGAUAACGUAUUAUUGGCAUGUAAGGAAGAAAGUGAAGCACAUACGGAGCAACAACCUGAGGUAGUUUUAGGUCCCGCUCCACUUCCAACUGUGAAUGCUUGGUUCAAACAGUCCGCAACAGAAACAAAAGAAUUAAAGGAAGAAAGUAGCGUCUUGAAUUCUCAGACAUCCUCAACAAAAGAAGAAGCCAACUCACAAGAAAUAUUAUUACCUUUGAAAACGAUGGAGUCUGAUACUGAUAGUGUUAUUAAGUUAACUGCGCAAGAAACGCUAACAUGCACAAGUGGAAAUGAUUCAAAGAAGAUGGUAAAGCCUUCUUAUUCAGGUCAAAUAAAACAGAGAGAGCAGCACGAAGCCGAAGGAACUAAUGUGGAUGAUAAAGCGUGGCCGUCAUUGAAUGAAGCGGUAAGUGAAGAAUCAAAACCGGACAGCGCGAUAAAUAAUGCGAAUACGAAGGGAGGUGCUGUUGUUAGUCAUGAAGUGGUGAAAGUCGCUGACAAUUUAGAGGCAGCAUCUUAUGCGGAUGUGAAACAAGAUAGGGAUAAAGAAAAUGAAAGUAAUGGGAAAAGUAACAGAAGUGGCAAAGCAUGGAAGAAAUUGGACCUUGAGGUGGAUUAUGCAGGACGCGAAGGACAAGGAAGGCGCGGUAACACUAGUUCGGGUAGCAAGAAUGAUCAUCCACAAAAAAACAGCAGGAGAGGUGCGAACUUCACGAAACAGCAGACAGUAAAAGAAUACAUCAGUCCAUCUUAUGGGAUCGUCACCGAUCCUGCUUCAACAGCCGAAAAUGCCUCAAAGAUGGCACCAGCACUAGCGCCUGCAUCUUUGCUGGGUUGUGCACAACCGUUAUCAUGCAUUGCACCGGCACUUAUAUACAGUCCUGAAUGUGCUACCGUCAGUGAGGAAUACGCUGAGGAAGACUAUUGGUAUUUGGAUACAGCUUCAAACGGAUUUUAUUAUCAGUUAGAAGGAAACCAAGGGUGGAAGAAAAAGGUGAAUUCUGAUGGUGAUUUUGCCGGUACACACCAUCACUAUCACAAUAUACCGUCUAUACAGGGGCAAAAGCCUAUGGUUACGGCAGUGCCUCUAAUCCCACAUCUUUCUUACCAGCCGAAAGCCCGCAAUCAGAAAGCAAUGAAUACAAAUCCACCGCAAAGGUACAACAAACGUGACGAGACAACAGCAAUGGCAGCUGCAGCACCAAAUGGUAUUACCCAACAGCAGUGGGCUACUACAUCGGCUGCAGCAGCAGCACUUCAAAAUGGUGGGAAUCGUCAUCGUCCAUAUUUUGGGCAACCUCAAUUUGUUCGUGCACCGAUAAUUGGAAAUCGCAUAAGUGGAGUAGAUUAUUGGCAUAAAAAUGGUGGCUCAGCAGCUGAUGCUGUGCGUCGUCAGCAGCAACAGCAGCCACUUCAUUAUGAACGCGGAGGCGCUGGUAGUAAUGUUGGGAUAGAUGACAUUUCGGAUCGUAACAAAGCAUUUUUUUUACGUAACGAUAAGUGGCAACCACGUGGGUCACAUCCACAGGCACCACCCAAAUUAACUUCUGCACAAAGACGAGCACGUGGGCCAUUGCCAGACUGGGACGAAUGUGCAGGAGACGAUGAUAAUUUUGAUUAUAUGGAUCUGAUGGAAUCUCAAUAUGCGCAGUUUUAUGCUGUGUCCACGAUACCUCCAUUUGAUCCCAGUUCGACAUGCUUGGAUCCCGCAUUGGCAGCAGCAUUUCCGACUGCGAAUAUUAUGUUUCAAGCGCACCAACAAAUGGCUGCCCUAACGUUUCGUCAUUCACAUAUUUCCCCGUUUAACCCCCAUCUGCUUUCCCAACCUCCACCUACGGUUGCAGCUGUAGCUGCAACCGUAGGUGAGUCACGUUCGGACAGUGUAGCAUCGUCGCUUACAUCCAACACUGUCCCGCCAACACCAACCGCUUUACUUUCACCAGGCAGUGGUGUUCUCACAACCAAAGGUGAAUUCAUCCCUGGACCGGCGGUAGGCCCUAUGAGUGUCCCUUACCAUGCCGCUUAUCCACCUGUAUCACCCCAAGCACCAAUCACCAGUGAAACUUUGAAAGAAUAUGUUAGAAAACAAAUAGAGUAUUACUUAUCUCCGGAGAACCUUCAGAAAGAUUUCUAUUUACGUCGGAAGAUGGAUAAAAAUGGUUUUUUAUCGUUAGCGUUGAUAGCUAGUUUUCCUCGUGUUCGUACACUUACCGAUAAUAUUGCAUUAAUUACGGAAGCUUUACGAAGUAGUGAAAAAGUGGAACUUAGUGACGACAAUGAAAAUGUUCGACCGCGUGAUAAUCCACAACAAUGGCCGCUUUCGCCGGCUCUAUUGCAAACCACGGAGUCAAGUAGCAAUGCUGCUCGUCCGGAAGCUGAUACGACCAUAAAGAUGACAAAUAUUGCAUCUUCGGUGGUUUCUCAGGUGAUGACGACAGAGCCACUGGCACCUGAAGCUACGGAUUCUAAUGUUUUAGUGCAAGCUGAGUUGCAGCCGUCUGUUUCUUUGGAAUCACUUGAAGCUGAGAAGCGAAAUUGUGAAGGACGCAACAAUAAUGACACUACUAAAGAAGUGACUACUGGCAAUUAUUCUGCGCUAAUUACAGAUGAGACGGUUUCAAAUUUAGCAAAAGGCAGUAAGCGUGAUAAAACGGAAGACGUCUCAUGUAGGCUAUCAUCACAUACAUAUGGAAAAAAUGGUAAUGGGAAGAGCAAUAAUGAGAUGAUGGAGCGGAACAGGGAACUAACGAAAGAAUCUGAAGUAGAAGAUUGGCAAGAGGUCAAAAGUCGGAAGCAAAGGAAAAGUAAGGCUUCUGGUAAUGCUGUUGGCAAAGGAGCAUCACAUUCAGUUUCAUCGCCACCAGCACGAUUUGUUCCAGAAACGGACUUGCAGAAUGAUGACGAUUUUUUUGCAGUACCAGAUCUGCCACAUCGCGAAAGGAGAACAGUUAAUAGGAUUGCAGUAUCGGAUGAUUCAUCAGAGGAUAUAAGCGAUGCAAAUAUCAAAAAAUUGAUUAUUGUAACACCAGCAUCGAAUAAGAGACAGUUUGAUCGUACUGGUGAUCCAGCAUCUCCCAAAGUGAAUCAAAAUUUGACGGAAGAAAUGGAAUAUGGUCUUAGGCGAUACGAAAAUGAGUUAUGGAAUCGUAAAGAAACAACUCGUAAGACUCAUAUUAAUAAGGUUGACACUGUUCCUGAAGAAGGAUUCAAGCAACUAAAAGGGGAGAACAGCACCCUUCAAAAAUGUGCGCCAGAACAACUGCAGAAAGCGCUUCCAACUUCAAAUACUGUCCCGGAAAUUUCUUCAGUUUGGGCACAAAAGGCUCGUGAAAGAGCUGCGGCAAACGCUGCAUCAUCGACAAAAAGUCCAUUGGCAAAACGAGAAACAGAAUGUGGUCUGUUAACGCCACGUUUUUAUCCAGUGAAGGAGAGUGCCGUUCCAGAUUCUUCUCAAUCAAGAAAAUAUAAAACUCGUCAUAGCGAAAAUCCACCUGUUGAAAUGCCCGUUGGUUGGGUUUUUGGCACUCGUUCGAGGACAUCUUCUGUUAAUGCCGACUCGGUUGAAUCAACAAGUAACCAAGCUGCACCUGGCCCUUCAAUGCACGUCUCCUUUAGUUUGUUGCAAGAGAAUGGCUUCCAGGAACAGAUAUACACGAAAUGGAGAAUAUCAUGUCUACAGCAGAGAGAACAUUUGGGUUAUGGCACAACUGAGAUGAAUACUUAUUUCCGUUUCUUAUCUUUCUUCUUGCGAGACCAUUUCAACCGGAAAAUGUAUCAAGAAUUUAGACAUUUAGCCCUUGAAGAUGCGGAAGCGGGUUACAGGUACGGGCUAGAAUGCCUCUUUAGAUUCUACAAUUUUGGUCUGGAGCGUAAAUUCAGGCCAAACGUGUACUUAGAUUUCCAAGAGGAAACAAUGAACGAUGUUAAACGAGGCGAACUGUACGGGUUGGAAAAGUUUUGGGCUUUUCUAAAAUUUUACAAGCACUCGAGGCGCUUAGAAGUUCAUCCAUUCCUCAAAAAGAAGCUAGCAGAAUACAAGAAUUUGGAUGAUUUCAAAUUUGAUCCGGCUACAGCAGCCAAGAAAGAACUAUCAGUGGACAGUAUAAGUGCAGCUAUUUCUUCCAGGCGAUGA